UGUUUUUACCAAUUUUACUAAUCUUACAUCACGAGAUGGAAAUGAAUUCCUCAAAAAUAUCCCCCGAAGAAGAAGGGGCUGUAAAGAUUGCCAUCCGAGAACGCCCAAUCAUUCAAAAAUCCCGGGAAAAUCUGCAAAGUAUUGUCGCGUAUCAUUCAACCAAUAAAAAUAUUAUAAUUGUAAAUGAACGUCCUUACGAGUUUGACUACUGUUUGGGUCCGCAUAUUAGCCAGAGAGAGUUGUAUGAUGAGCUGGUGCAGCCUUUGGUCCGGAAGACCCUGCAAGGAUACUUUUGCUCAGCAUUGGCUUAUGGGCAGACUGGGACCGGGAAGACCUUCACAAUGGGACUCCAUAGCGAGUAUUUCAGCGGCGAUAACGUUGGAGUGAUACCCAGGGCUUUAGAGGAUAUUUUUGCUUUGAGUGCAGACGAAGGAAACCCGCCCGACAUAGCUGUUUCGUUCGUAGAAAUCUACAACGAGAAAGUGUACGAUUUGCUUGCGGAGGACACAAAUGAACAAGUCAAUAUCAAAGGUUUCAAAUUUAGUGGUGGAGUCAGAAAACCAAUUAUUAACGCCCAAGAAGGCUUCACAGUGCUAACUAAUGGCAAUAAGUGCCGACACAUACGACCGACAAAACUAAAUCCAGAAAGUUCCAGAUCGCAUGCAAUUUUCACCAUUCACGUUUGUCGAAAAACGGAAUUUAGUCAAAUCAAUUCGUUGUUGCAUCUUGUGGAUCUGGCUGGUUCAGAAGGAGUUCGAAGAACGGGCCAUCAGGGUGUUGCAUUUACCGAAGGUGUUCACAUAAACCAAGGAUUGUUGUCCAUAGGAAAGGUCCUUCAAGCGUUAGCAUACAAACGAAAGGUCGUUCCAUACAGGGAUAGUGUCCUGAGUUCCGUAUUACAAGAUUCAUUGAAGGCGAAUUCAUAUCUUACACUGCUGGCAUGUAUUAGCCCCUUUCAAGAGGAUUUGAGCGAAACUGUGUCAACUCUUCGUUUUGCCGCCGAUGCAAAAUCACUGAAGCAUACACCACAAAUAAAUGCGAUACUGCUAGAGAUAAAGAAAAAUAAAAUGAAGACCCCACAAAAGAAGUGCUUGUUUCCUGUCCGCCCAAAUAAUAUUCAGUCCAAAACACCUGCGCCUUUGAAGCGUGUUUUUAGUAAUGGGAUGGAUGGGCCGUUAUCAGCAAUCAAGAAGCCUUUUCACAGUAACACAUUUUGCACUCCUAGCAAAAUAAAGAAAAUUGAUGGGAAGCCACUGAAUCAGACGGACUUCGGCUUAACACCGAAGGAGAAGACGAGGUUUGAAAGUGUCGAGAGAAAAUGCAAUGCUGUGUCAACACAGAACCACAACGAAUCGAUCGAAUCGAGAUCUUCGAUAUUGAGUAUGAAUGUUUCGACUUCAACCCUACUUGAUGCACCUAUUGCUCCAGUUGCAAAUUCUUAUAGUCCAAUUGUUCGACGAUGUGUUAAGGAAAUUGAAACCACUUUAGGCACUAAACUUGAGAAGUUUAUGGAUAUCAUGAAAGAAAUGCAUACCAUUCGAAUUGAAUCAUCAUCGGAACUGAAACAAGAAAAUCAUAGUUGUAUGCCUAACAUAAAUGGGGUUUCAUUAUAUUCAAAUAAUAACGCUACCCAACAGCAUCAUUCAGAUGGAACUGUCCUUGAUGAUAUUCAUCACGAAACACAACCAUUUGCACAAAGUAGUCCAAUUUUUAAGAAACCUGAAUCGGUAAAACAACCUCGUGCUGCUAAAUCUACGCUUAAUGAAGUCAGCAGGCCAAAUAAUACAUUCAUAGAUCAAACGAGUGAUUCAACACUUUUCCAAACAACUCAAUUUGGAAAUAGUACUGUAGCAAAUGUGACUGUUGUUCCUGGGCCCCGACGUGUGAGUAAUACCAUGUUCUCCGGAAAGGAUGAAACCAACCGCCCUGUGAGGAGAUCUAUGCGAUUAGAGCAAAGAAAUUCAACGAUAAUUGCUACAGAUGAAAUGAAAGUAAAUAACCGAUUGUCUCUGUCUAUUAAUCGGCCGAAGGAACGAAGGGAUUCUGUACGACGAUCGAUGCGCAUUCAGAAAAGAGAGUCGAUAAUGCCGAUCGAAGAAAUUGAAGAAAAACCAGAUGUACCGCAGAAAAGAAUCAGUAAAACUGUGCCGUCCCACAAUAAAACGAUUGCAGGAUACUUCAAAACAAAGCACGAAAAUAACAAACCGAAAACAAAGAAACAAGCAAAAGACGCGCAACAAAAACACGAAAAAGCUGUGCUUGACUUACUUAACACAGGAACAAUUCGGGAAAUCCAGAUUUUACCGCAAGUCGGUUUGAAGACGGCUUAUCAAAUAAUCACCCAAAGAACACUCAACGGAAAAUUUCGAAAUUUCGACCAAGUUUCCAAACUACCAGUUUGGCGGGGAAAAGCUUGGCAGCGUUUUAAAGUGGCGAAUUGUAUUUCAUGAAUUUUUAAAGUGUGUGUGUCUGUCUGUUUAGUUCAUCCAAACACCAGUUAUUUUAUAAGUUUAAAUAUGUUUUCAUUUUAAAAUAAAGACUAUAAGAUAUGAUUUUAAUCAAAUUGCC